AUUUCUUAUCAAAAAGAGAAUGUUGUCACAACAUAACAAAAACACUCUAAACUCUCUCACACCAAAUAUUAGCAAGAGAAACAUAUCUGGAUCAUGGAUGCAUCAAGAAGAGCCCAUCCAAGAAAGAAAAAAAAGUGAUCAACAAGAAAAGGCAUCCUUCAGUCCAGCUAUUACGCGCCGCACCGAAAAACAGGGGAGGUUGUAAAGUCAGUCAGAACACAAACAAUCUCUUCUCAUUUUUAUUACACAUUUUCUUAUUAGUUCUGAAAUAAAAUACUAAAAAGCAAGGAGCCAAAGAACCCCAUCACUAUCUGAAACCUGAAUCCAUCAUCAUACGCCUGUAGUUUACAUACUCUUCUGUUUGUGUGAUUGCUGUUUGGCUCCGAAUAUAAAAAAAAAGAUAUUAUUAUAUCUCCUUAGUUGAUCGGUGAGCACACAAAAAAAAAGAAAGAAAAAAAAAACAAAAUCUAAUCGCAAGAGAAUUGAAGAAGAAGAAGUAGUACGAUUACGAUUUCAAUAGCUCAAUAAAGUUCGACUCUUUCUGGGCUCUCUCUUCUCGGGUCUCUCCAAUUGAAGAAGGAAACCUCACCCAUUUGAAGAAUUAGGAAGUCAAAUUUUGAGUUUCCAUGGUAUUACAAAACCUUAGAUGGGUGUUUCUCUUCUGACAACUAAAGCUCAUACCCUUAAUCUACCAUUCAUGGAACAUUCAUCAAAUGACCACAUCAUUGACAUUCCAAGCUCCUCUUCUCAUGAACCUUUACACCAUGAGGAGGAGAGACCUUCUUCUUCUACUGCUUCUGUUUCUCACCCAGCUACAGCUUCUUCCUCUUCUUCUGUGCGGUCAAAUCCUAGAACCCCCCGUCGCAGACGCAGUCCUUUGAACUCUGGCCUAUGGAUUUCCAUUGAGCUACUCCUCACUCUCGGCCAGAUCAUUGCAGCUAUAGUCGUUUUGUCUUUGUCUAAACACGAGCAUCCACGUGCACCCUUGUUUGCUUGGAUUGUUGGUUACGCCUGUGGAUGCGUUGCAACGCUCCCUCUCCUGUACUGGAGAUAUUAUCAUUUCAGUCACCCCUCUGAACAGGAUCCUGCACAGCAUCGUCCUAAUCUUAACGUUGCAGCAGGACCAUUCGCCUUUUCGAUAUCCAGGUCAUCAGAAGGAGGAGAUGCUCGACAGACCAACAACAACAACAACAACACGUCUUCUUCUCGUGGUAGUAGUAGAUACCCUGGCUUCAUAAGCGCUGCCAGACUAAAAGUUCUUAUGGAGUACUUCAAAAUGGCUCUGGAUUGCUUCUUUGCGAUAUGGUUUGUGGUAGGUAACGUCUGGAUAUUCGGAGGGCAUUCAUCUGCAUCUGAGGCUCCUAACUUGUACAGGUUAUGUUUAGUGUUUCUUACCUUUAGCUGUAUUGGCUACGCCAUGCCUUUCAUCCUCUGCACAACUAUAUGUUGCUGCUUGCCGUGCAUUAUCUCGAUUCUCGGAUACAGAGAAGAUUUAACUCAACCCCGAGGUGCUACACCUGAGUCGAUAAACGCAUUGCCUACCCAUAAGUUUAAGCUGAAGAAAAGCAGGAGUAGUGGUUCGAGUAGUAUCGAAGGUGGAGUUGUGGCGGCUGGAACAGAUAACGAACGUGCCAUUUCAGGAGAAGACGCUGUCUGUUGCAUUUGCUUAGCGAAGUAUGCGAAUAACGAAGAGUUAAGAGAGCUUCCUUGUUCGCAUUUCUUCCACAAAGAGUGUGUUGACAAGUGGCUGAAGAUUAAUGCGAGUUGCCCUCUCUGCAAGAGUGAAGUUGGAGAGAAGAACUCUGAUUUAACGAGCCAGGGGGUCUUGAGCUCGCUGUCUUCUGGUGAAAACGAUAAUACUCAACAACAAAGGAAUGAACAUAGAGUUGAUAACGGUUUGGCGCACAGCAUCAUCUAGACAUUUGGUCGAUGUUAGAGAAAACGGUACACAGCGAUUGUUCUUACACAAAACGACGUUUGCUUCUUAGCCUCAUCGUUAAGAAGGUGAAGAAAGAAGAAAUGCCUUUUCGCUUUUGUAAAUUAAAACCCUCUGAACACGUAGGAGAGUUUUGAAAGUCAGUGAUUUGAGUUUGCGUGUGUUCUAGAUACUUUGUUUUUUUUUUUUUUUUUUGUUUAUUCUCUGAAUCUUAUACGAGAGCCAGGGCUCUUUCAAUACCUUGUGCAGCUGAAUUGCCUUAUCAAUAGACUGGUAUAGAUGUCAAUAUUCUAUAAUAGAAACUUUAUACUGGACC